AUGGAUGCGGGGGCUGUAAAUACUUUGAAGCAGCCUUACGAUUACUCUUCGAUAAUGCAUUAUCCAUCAGUCGCAUUAGCGAACAAACCAAAUACUGAUACUAUUAUACCAAAACAAAAAGUUGAUGGACGAAUACCGGAAAUAGGUCAGGGAAUAGGACUCAGUAAGGGUGAUAUUACUGCGACAAAUUUACUGUACAGUUGUCCAAUAUGUGGAGGUGCAUAUUUGGAAGCUAUGGGCAUUUUCAGUCCACCAUCAAAACUAAAUGAUUCGGAGGUAGAUUUCAAAUAUUGUCAGUGGACAAUCAGGGCUUCUAAAGGUCAAAGAAUUAAACUCGUCAUCGCACUAUUAGAUAUUCGCAAAACUCCUAAUUGUUCUACUGAUUAUUUGGAGAUUCAAAAUAGCUACCGGACUGAUAGUACUGUCUUAGGUCGCUACUGUGGAGAUGUUGGAUCGGCCACUAUAAUUGCGAGUAAUUUUGUAACCGUAAAAUUCGCAAGAUCUCAAUUUGAAAACCAUCGUCCAGGUUUUAUAUUGGAGUACGAGGCUGUUUGCGGCGGUGAUAUUUAUUUAGAAAGUAAUGAUACUUAUUACUUAGAAUCACCAAAUUAUCCAGAGUCAUACAAACCGAAUAAAUUGUGCCAUUGGAACAUCGAGGCUCCUUCCAAGCAUUAUAUAGUAAUUAAAUUUGAUUACUUUGAACUUGAAGAAAGUAAAGGUUGUAAAAAUGAUUUUUUGCAAGUACAAGAGGGUAGAAAUGAAAAUGCGCCAAUUAUUGGAAGUUACUGCGGUAAAAGAGACCGUUUGGAAAUAGCUUCUCUGAUGAGAAGAAUUUUUCUGACGUUUGUUACUGAUGGAUCGAAAGAAGCGGGAGGUUUUUCCGCUGCCAUUUCUACAAAACCCAUUGAUAAUAAUGAUCCAACUUCUUAA